GGGUGUGCUACACGUGUGUUUUGUGUUCGUGUGAACGCAGCCAGAGAGUGGCGUAGAGGGCAUAUUGGUGUAGGAGGAGUCAGUCGCUGUAAAUCGAGAAUCCCAAUGCAGAGGACGGUGGCUGUUCUUGGUGGGGGGGUGAGCGGCCUGGCAACCUGUUACUACCUCGCCAGAAGCCCCCAGGCACCCAAGGUAAUCCUUUUAGAAAGCAGCAGCCGUCUCGGAGGAUGGAUCCAUUCCACACGUACAGAAGACGGGGCAGUUUUUGAGCAUGGGCCCAGGGGGAUCCGCCCUGCUGGGGCAGUGGGAAGAAACACCCUCCUUAUGGUCUCUGAACUUGGACUUGACGCAGAUGUCCUUCCUGUCCCCGGUGACCACCCAGCAGCCAAGAACCGCUUCCUCUAUGUCCGCGGAGCCCUCCAUAAACUCCCCUCGAGUAUCAGUGGUGUCGUGAGGACUGUUCCUCCUUUCACCCGCCCUCUGGUCUGGAGUGGCCUGAAAGAGCUCCUGUCCCCCCGCAGCUCCAAAACGGACGAGACCAUCCACGCCUUUGUGAGGCGUCGCUUUGGCCAGGAGCUGGCCGACAUUGUCAUCGACAGCCUCUGCCGGGGGGUGUUUGCCGGAGACUGCCGGACCCUCAGCGUGCGCUCCUGCUUCCCAGCGCUGUUCCAGGCCGAGCGGAGACACCGUUCUGUCAUCUUGGGCAUGGCCCUGGGCGGAGGGAAAGGCCCCCCUGUGGAUUCUCCUCUGAUCCGCAGAGCCCGGGACGAGCGAUGGAGCCAGUGGUCGCUGCGUGGCGGCAUGCAGACUCUCCCUGAAGCCUUGGAGGGCUUUGUGAAGCAGCGUGGGGUGGAGAUUCACUGCGGCGCCCCUGUGAAGCGGCUGGAGAGGGCGGCAACCGGCUCCUGGAAGAUAGUGCUUGAGGACGGCGUUGUGGAGGCAGAUCACAUCAUCAGCGCUUUGCCUGCCCAAGCGCUUGCUGAGUCGCUCCCCGGCUGGGCCGAACCGCUUGCUCGAGAGCUACUGGCCAUCCGGGCUGUUUCUGUGGGGGUGGUGAACCUACAGUACAGAGAUGUGCAUCUCCCCGUCACGGGAUUUGGGCACUUGGUACCCUCCUUCGAGGACAGCUCGUUGCUGGGCAUCGUGUACGAUUCUGUCGCCUUCCCCGGGCAGGAUGGAUCCAGCGGUCCUUGCAUGCGCCUGACAGUGAUGCUGGGCGGUGCAUGGUUUACAUCGGGGCUCGGAGAUCCGGACACCGUCCCCCACGCUGUGCUGCUGAGCCGUGCCAAGGCAGCUGUUAAGGAGCACCUGGGGGUCUCAGCCGAGCCCUCCCACAGCAUCGUCAAGGUGCAGAAGGCCUGCAUUCCUCAGUAUACACUUGGCCACUGGAAACACAUAGAGAGCGCAGCGGCUUACCUGGAGCAGCACAAGCUGCCUCUCAGCCUGGUUGGGGCUUCCUACGAGGGCGUCUCAGUCAACGACUGCAUCUCCAGUGCCCACACUGCCACAGCCAAGCUUCUUGGCCAUGUCUCCUGAGAAAGGCAGAGGGGACUUCAUCUUUCCUCGGCUUGUGGGACUCCUGCCCCAAAGUGCUUCUCUCCGCUGGCAGCCUUGGUUCUUAUCCUGCUAACUGCCUGGAAGUGGAGUUGAUGAAUCUCUUGGCACAGGAUCCAGGCCUCUCGCGUUGAAACGCAGAAGGGGGUGGUUGUGUUGGUUCAGCUUGGAAUGGAUUUGCUCCUCUGAGCUUAUAUCUUUCUGGUCUGCAAGAACCACACACUCUGUGCUGAGCACCGUCUGGAGAAUGCG